AUGAGCCUGUACGACCUGCAGCAGCGCACGGACCUGAUUCUGAAAAAGUAUGCCCAGUAUGACAAGCCCAUGGACAAGCGGCGGGAAACAAAGGGCGAGGAUCCUUUCAACGAUGAGUAUGACAUGAUUGACACGCAGAUUGACGAGCUCAUGCGGCAAGCAGAAGAGAUCAGUGAGGAGCCUAACCGGGCCAUUGUGGCGGCACGCAACGCCGAGAUUCGCAAGUCCAAGCAGACGCUGCUGACGGACGGCAUUGACGGGCUGCAGAAGAAGGUCAAGCGGGGCAAGGGCGUCACCAAGGUCCUGGUGGAGGAGCGGCAGCGGAGGGUGAAGGCACUGAUCGAUAAGAUCUAUGCCGUACCGGACGGCAUGGGCGGCAACCGCAGGCCUUUUAAGAUCCCGGCAUUCAUGGGAAGCGGUGCGGAGGGCAAAAGUGCCAUCAACCUGUCCACCGGCGGCCCCACGGGGCUGCAGGCCAACCCAAUGUACUACAAGGGCACGGACGAGACACAGCGCUUUGAGCAGGCAAGCAAGGGUGGUCCUCCGCUGACUCAACAACUUCACACCACAAUUGAGUGGGAGAACUCCAAGAAGCGGCAGGACGCGCAGCUGGACCGCUUGGAGAAGGGGGUGGGGUCGCUGGCUGACAUGGCACGCGGCAUGCAGGAGGAGCUUGACAAGCAGGUGCCUAUCAUUGACGACAUCGACAAGCAGCUCAACAGCGUCACCAGCAAGCUCAAGAGCAACAACGCAAAGCUCAAGGGCCUGAUGCGGUCGAAGCGCAACUUUUGCAUCGACAUUGUGCUGGUGUGCUUGCUGCUGGGGAUUGUGGCGUACGUCGUCAGCAUGGUGCAGAAAAAGAAAACAUCGUGA